AUGGUUGGCUGCCGAAUCGGAACCUAUCCAACGCCGCCCUCAAGCCCGUCGAGCCCGUCGAGCAACGGAUCACUCGCCGAGUCUGUCGAUGCGGAGGACCAUCUUGGAUUCUUGAUUGACGGAAUCGCUGAUCCAGCAGAUCAGGUGUGUCAGACACAGUGUCCUCAAGGGAUGCUUCUCUUUAGCACCGCCGCUAUCUGA